GAACAUGGCGGCGCCGUAGCCGGGGCCCAGGAGCGGGGGGCGCGGGGCUGCCGCCGAGCACAGUCCUGGCCGACGAUGGCGACCCCCGACCAGAAGUCGCCCAACGUGCUGCUGCAGAACCUGUGCUGCCGGAUCCUCGGCCGGAGCGAAGCUGAUGUAGCCCAACAGUUCCAGUUUGCUGUGCGAGUUAUUGGCAGCAACUUUGCCCCAACUGUUGAAAGAGAUGAAUUUCUGGUAGCUGAGAAAAUCAAGAAAGAACUUAUUCGGCAAAGGAGAGAGGCAGAUGCUGCAUUGUUUUCAGAGCUCCACAGGAAACUUCAUUCCCAGGGAGUUUUGAAAAAUAAAUGGUCAAUACUCUACCUCUUGCUGAACCUCAGUGAAGACCCGCGCAGGCAGGCAAACAAGGUGUCCAGCUAUGCCUCGUUGUUUGCACAGGCAUUGCCGAGAGAUGCUCAUUCCACUCCCUACUACUGCGCCAGGCCUCAGUCCCUGCCCCUGAAUUACCAGGACCGGGGCACCCAGGCGGCGCAGAGCUCUGGCAGCCUGGGCAGCAGCGGCAUCAGCAGCAUCAGCGUGUGUGCCCUCAAUGGCCCUGCACCUGCGCCCCAGCCUCUCCUCCCAGGACAGUCUCAUCAAACUCCGGGAGUCGGGGAUUGCCUUCGACAGCAGCUGGGGUCACGUCUUGCAUGGACUUUAACUGCAAACCAGCCUUCUUCGCAAACCCCUCCCUCAAAGGGUGUCUCUAGUGCUGUUUCUCGCAACCUGACGAGGUCGAGGAGAGAAGGAGAGACGGGUGGUGCUAUGGAAAUUACUGAAGCAGCUCUCGUGAGAGACAUUUUAUACGUCUUCCAGGGCAUAGAUGGCAAAAAUAUCAAAAUGAGCAACACUGAAAAUUGUUAUAAAGUGGAAGGAAAGGCAAACCUAAGUAAAUCUUUGAGGGACACGGCAGUCAGACUUGCUGAGUUGGGAUGGUUACAUAAUAAAAUCAGAAAGUACACUGACCAGAGGAGUCUGGACCGUUCCUUUGGACUUGUAGGUCAGAGCUUCUGUGCCGCUCUGCACCAAGAGCUCAAGGAGUACUACCGCCUACUCUCCGUUUUACAUUCCCAGCUACAGCUAGAGGACGAUCAGGGGGUGAAUUUGGGACUUGAGAGUAGCCUAACACUACGGCGCCUCCUGGUUUGGACAUAUGAUCCCAAAAUAAGACUCAAGACCCUUGCAGCCCUGGUGGAUCACUGCCAAGGAAGGAAAGGAGGUGAGCUGGCCUCUGCUGUCCAUGCCUACACGAGAACGGGAGACCCCUAUAUGAGGUCCUUGGUGCAGCACAUUCUGAGCCUGGUGUCUCAUCCCGUGCUCAGCUUCCUCUACCGCUGGAUCUAUGAUGGGGAGCUUGAGGACACUUACCACGAAUUUUUUGUAGCAUCAGAUCCAACAGUUAAAACAGACCGACUGUGGCAUGACAAAUAUACUUUGAGGAAAUCGAUGAUUCCUUCAUUUAUGACAAUGGAUCAAUCUAGGAAGGUCCUUUUGAUAGGAAAAUCAAUAAAUUUCUUGCACCAGGUUUGUCAUGACCAGACUCCUACCACAAAGAUGAUAGCUGUGACCAAGUCUGCAGAGCCACCGCAGGAUGGUAUGACUGCAGAUUUAUUCACAGAUUUAGAAAAUGCAUUUCAAGGGAAGAUCGAUGCUGCUUAUUUCGAGACCAGCAAAUAUCUACUGGAUGUUCUCAACAAAAACUACAGCCUGCUGGACCACAUGCAGGCCAUGAGGCGGUACUUGCUUCUUGGACAAGGAGACUUUAUAAGGCACUUAAUGGAUUUGCUAAAACCGGAACUUGUCCGUCCAGCAACAACUUUGUAUCAACAUAACUUGACUGGAAUCCUUGAAACUGCUGUGAGAGCCACCAAUGCACAGUUUGACAGUCCUGAGAUCCUCAGAAGGCUGGACGUGAGGUUGCUGGAGGUCUCUCCGGGUGACACGGGCUGGGACGUCUUCAGCCUGGAUUACCACGUUGAUGGACCCAUUGCAACUGUGUUCACACGAGAGUGCAUGAGCCACUACCUGAGAGCGUUCAACUUCCUCUGGAGGGCCAAGCGCAUGGAGUACAUCCUCACCGACAUCCGGAAGGGACACAUGUGCAACGCCAAGCUCCUGAGGAGCAUGCCGGAGCUCUCUGGGGUGCUGCAUCAGUGUCACAUUCUGGCCUCGGAGAUGGUGCACUUCAUUCAUCAGAUGCAGUAUUACAUCACAUUCGAGGUGCUGGAAUGCUCCUGGGACGAGCUUUGGAACCGAGUCCAGCAGGCCCAGGACUUGGACCACAUCAUCGCAGCGCAUGAGGCCUUCCUGGACACCAUUACCUCCCGCUGCCUGCUGGACAGUGGCUCCAGGGUACUUUUAAACCAACUCAGAGCUGUGUUUGACCAGAUUAUUGAGCUUCAGAAUGCUCAAGAUGCAAUAUACAGAGCUGCUCUGGAAGAACUGCAGAGACGAUUACAGUUUGAAGAGAAAAAGAAGCAGCAUGAAAUUGAGGGUCAGUGGGGGGUGACGGCAGUGGAGGAAGAGGAGGAGAAUAGGAGGAUCCGAGAAUUUCAAGACUCUGUACCAAAAAUGUGUUCGCAGUUGCAAAUAUUGACGCACUUCUACCAGGGCAUCGUGCAGCAGUUCCUGGUGUUACUGACGACCAGCUCUGACGAAAGUCUCCGGUUUCUCAGCUUCAGGUUGGACUUCAACGAGCAUUAUAAAGCCAGAGAGCCCAGACUCCGCGUGUCUCUGGGCACCAGAGGGCGGCGCAGUUCUCACAUGUGACGGGCGCCUUCUCCCGAGGAGCUGCGCAGGUUGCUGUGGUCAGCGCUGAGAUUCAGUUCACAUUCUGGGCCCUCCCGGCAGCUGGGAGGGGGCCCUGUGUUCGUGGCAGGGUGGCUGGCGGAAGGGGUUUUGCGCUGCAGUUGAGUGCCAGGUUGCUGGGUCGAAGAGGCUAGCUGGCGCUGUCUUCCCACUCAGAAGAUGCCGGGGUGUUUUGGGCUGCCUAAGCUCUCUGUGUCGUUUAUAUUUGUCACUUUUUUAGAAACUUGUGUUUCUUUUAGCACAAGGGCAGUGCUGUAUUCAUGAAUUGAAAUGGUAAUGUCAAGGCUAUUUUUUUAACAUCCUCUUUAGAGGCAAUUUUUGUUAUCAUAAUGAAAUUAAACUGAAAAAAGACGUCCCUACUAAGAUAAUACACAGAGCAUUUGUUUGGUUUUAAUGCUGUGACAUACUGACCCCUGAGAGCGUUUGUGUCUUAACGCGUUGCCUUCACAUACGUCUGUUCUGACUUUUUCUUCCAAAGUCACAUUUUUAUAUUUAGUUUACUAUUUUAGAUAACUUCUAAAACAGUACAGAAACAAGUAGGCACGAUAUAGAACAGAGACCUCAAACAGUGCAGCCAGAUUGCUCAAAACUGUCAGCUGAAGCAGUGUGUAGAUACAAAUAACUCCAAAGUAAGAAUUUUAUUUUCAGAAUCCUGACAAGCAUUGGAAAGAAAUCGACUUGGAUAAUGAAGGUUUCCUUUUCCCUUGCCUAUUUUUUCAUUGUAAAUAUUUAUAUACCACUGACCAGAUGUUGGGGGGAACUGUUUUUGUAAAAAUGUCAUAUCAGGUCACAUAAAUCUGCCUUUUUUAUGUUGCAUAAAUGAAAACUUAGAGAAUUAAAGGCAACCAUCUUUCAGACGCACUGCUUAUCUCUUAGUAGUCUGUGAAGAGAUGGUCCCUUGCCAGGCCUGGGGUGGGGGGUUGAAUUGGAUUUAACGUGAUGCAGCAUAGGAAUUAUUUAAUUUGUGAAACCAAAAAACCAGGCUGUGUGCGACUUCCAGUGCAGAACCUAAGGGACCCCCACUCCCUGCUGGGUGAGGAGUCCUCAGCCGAUAGCCACCUCUGUCACUCAGGAGGUGCGAGGCUCAGUCCCAGAGUGGAGUGGCCCCUGGCGAGUGUCCUCAGGGCCUGCCUGCUGUGCUCCAGUUAGCUCCCAGGCUGCUCCAGUUUGGUUUAAGUGUGAUUAUGAUAAUCUGCUGUUUUUCCUGUCCAGCUCAGGUGUGGCUGCCACUGUUGGAAGUAUGGUCUCACUUGUGGUAUUCAUGUGCUCCAGUGGACGCACGGACAUUAGGAGGACGUGUAGAGGGGCUGAGGAUGUGCAGGCUGGAGGGAACCCUGGAUCAGACAGCGCAUUCAGGUGUGGAUGGUUGGCAGGGCUGGCCCUGCUGGAGCCGGCAGGACCUAUGGGUUCAGCUUGGCGGGAGGGGAGAAGGGGCAGCUGGCCAGACGAGCGUCCCGUCAGGGAGGUCACCGUCUUGCUCUGGUGUUGUUGCUGGUGCCCUGCUGUAAGGUGGCCCGGGCAGCCUUGGACUGCUCUGCUCUGCUCUCCCAGGCUCUGGCAUGUGCUGGUGUGGUUUCCGCAUCCAUGCCCCUGUGGCCUUCCCAGUGUCCCCGGUGCGCUGCGCCCCUUCCCUUCUUGUACUCUUGUCUGUACUCGCUCUGCCUCUCCCUGACCGGGCGGUGGUGCGCCUCCAGGCCCAGCUGACUUGCUCCUGCUCUUCUGCAAGGUGCAGCUUCCCCGCAGAACCCACCUCGUGGUGGCUGUGUGACAGGCGAGUGCGCGUGGGGUCGGCUCACUGUCAGCCUGUCCCUGACCACACCCCCUUGCUGUGACCCAGCCACGCCGUCCACGGGGCACUGUCAGGGUCUUCGACUCGUGUGGUUCUGUCCUGUCAGCUUUUCUCGUGACUAUGGAUAUUGUUUCAGCUUCAGAAUUUCUGGGAGUUUUGCUUUUUUCCUUUUCCUUUUUGAAAAAGAAUAAAAGAAAAACAAAGGGGAAUUGGCUGCACCGUGUGCAGCGUGUUGAGACUGGUAUGUAAAGGGUGCUAGACAGGAGUCAGAAGAACCCUCAGUGGACGGAGCAGUGCCGUGGUGCAGGCUCACGGAGGCUCCGUGUCGGAGAAGACCCACCUCGGAGGUGUGAGAUGUUUGGUUCCCACUUCAAGUGCUUUGGAGUACAUGGUUUGGGGCAAACCAUUUGAAAAAAAUUAAGAGCUUUAAUUCAGAUUCCAGGAAAAAUUCAGAUGGCUUGAAUGGUUUAAAGGUGAAAGUAAAACAUUAAGGCUGCUAGGAAAGUGCAGUCUCUUAUAAUCCUAGGCCACCUAACACGUGAGCAGCAUCCUCUAGGACUGACCUGUGAAGGGAGGGUGUCAGAGGUGACAGUGAGAAGCAGCAGUACAGUGGUUGAGACAGACACAGCCUGGGAGCCUGGUUGCUGAUGACAAGGUCUGUGUCCUAGUGGCAGCUGGCCCUGGGAAUGACUGGAAUAAAAAGCGAGUCCAGGCACGCCACACACGCACAGAGGAGGAGCACGGGACUCGUGCACAUGGAGACCCAGGAAAGGUGUGGGAGGCUACCUCCCAGGCAGGUCACCUGCUGUAUGUUGCCCCACGCCAGCGCCUGACUCAGUGAGGACACAUCUGUCGCCCAGGCGUCCUGGAGAUGCCUGCCCCCCUUGCUGCCGUGGCAUCCCAGCUCCAGGCAGCCCGUCUGGUCUCCUGUUUUCUAGAGUUCCACUAGUGCUGUGUCUGUGCCCGUGUCUGGCCUCCCACUAACCACAGGUCAAUCUUGAGGUUCACUCUCUGCUGUUGCCUGGGAGAGCCGGUUCUGCUCCUUACCUGAGUCUUCCCCGGGAUCAGCACAGCUGGCUGGCCCUUUGCCUGCUGACCAUCGAAUGUUCCCGUGUUUUAAUCUUGCAGUGAAGGUGCCGAGUGGAUGGUCCCCUGGCUGCAUGUGUGGUGCCAGUCCCUGGGGUUAUGGUGGUCAGGUGCAGGAGGCGCGGGACUGCUCAGUUCUCAGUGCAAGGCUGGGUUGCUCCUGGUGCUUGUCACGGUGGGCGUUCUCGUCUGUGGGGGUGUUACGUGGCUGUAGCUCACGUUGCCCUGAGCGUGUUGGAGUUGAACACCAUGGGCAGCCUCUGUCAGGAGCCUUGGCCUGUGUAUUUAUUAGGUUGUUUUCCUCCUGAGUUUCCACAAUCUGUUAUGUGUCUGGGCAAAAGUCUUCUAUCAGAUAAUUGCUUUGCAAAUCUUUCCUCCCAGUGUGGCAUAUGUAUUCAUGUGUGUAUACACGCAUGUACACAUACACACGUCCACAUACAGACACACACGAGUGUACCUGUGUGUGUCGUGUUGAAUGUUUACGAGAGUCUGUGCUCAUCCUCAUGGAGCCUUUGUCUACGUCCAUGGCGAGCACAGCAUCUCUCAAGCUGCAGCUUGUAGGAUUGGACAGUCCAGACUGAUGCUGCAGGUGCCCACCUUGAGCAGAGGUGCUGUGCUUGCCUGUGUUGGACCCACAGGGCCUCCGGGGGCAGCGUGCUCCACAGGGUGCAAGGCCUGGCCAUGCUCAGAGGUCACCGCUGUCAGUCUCCGGGUCUGUGUCCAUCGGGGGCUGGGAGCACUUGGAAUGUGUCCAUUCUGGACUGAAGAGUGUGGAGUGGGGGACACACUCCAGAUCUCAGACUGUGUAGUUAGUAUGAAGGAGGAAGGUGAAUGUUCCCAUGUUUUAUUCACAUGGAUCACAUGUUGAAGUGAUAAUAUUUUGUAUAUAAUUGGCUAAAUAAAAUAUAUUGUUGAAA